CUUACUGAGAAGUAUACAUUUUAUAUAAAUAAAUAAAACAUGGAUAUUCUAUAAUAAUCUUACCGAAAUGGACAUAAAUAACCAGGUAUAUAAUUACAUUACAUUAUGUACGAAUCCGUAUAAUCCGCACUUUUUUUAUGAAUUCGGCAAAAAAUAAUUUGAGUUAUUGAUGUCAAACGAUUAUACAGAUGAAACGUAUCACACUGAAUGUUUCGAUUAUACUGGCACUGAUCUGAAUACAAAACACGUGAUAAAACUAUUAUUAUAAAUUAUAAUAUUAUAAUUAUAUAAUACACUAGGUGAUCCCGUGCACUUUGUUGCCCGUGAAAAAUGGCAACUCUUGGAAAAAUUGUGAUUGUUCAACUCAUUUUGGGUGUAACUCGCUGCAAACGUUUGUACCUGAUCUGCCCGAAUAACCAAUGGCAACCAAUAAUAUGUGUAAUAAUCGGUCAACAAUGUCCACGCCAGCAAGGAGAAGAUUGAUGAGAGAUUUCAAAAGAUUGCAGGAAAAUCCGCCGACCGGUGUAAGCGGAGCACCUACUGACAAUAAUAUUAUGAUUUGGAAUGCUGUUAUAUUCGGGCCACAUGAUACACCAUUUGAAGAUGGUACGUUUAAAUUAACUAUUGAGUUUACUGAAGAAUAUCCAAAUAAAGCACCGACAGUAAGAUUUGUAUCAAAAAUGUUUCAUCCAAAUGUGUAUGCAGAUGGCGGAAUAUGCUGAUUGCUUAGAUAUUUUACAAAAUAGAUGGAGCCCUACAUAUUAUGAUGUAUCUGCCAUACUGACUUCAAUUCAAGUACUUACUAAAAAAAAAAAAAAAAAUCGUAAUUUAAUAUAGUUGUACCUACUUUGUUGGACACCUUUUUUGGUAUCAUAUUGUAUAAUAGAUUAAUGAUUAUAGACCGUAUUUAAUCUUAUGUCUUAAACUAAUACCAUGUUUUAUAAUAUUGUUUGCUGUUGUGACUGUCAUGGCGAAGAUAAGAAAUACCAUAGUUAAUUUAGUCGAUAAUUAUUUUUAGCCAUUUGCUAAUUUUUUUCCCUAUUCCUAAAUAGUUUUGAUAAAAAUCAUUAAUUCUAUAAAAAGGUGCCUAAUAAAGUGGAUAUUUAAAAACUAACAGAUUUUUCAUAUUUUGUAAUUUUUUUUCAUAUUUAGUCAUUACUCAGUGAUACAAUGUCCGGUUAAUGUUAACGGGCAUUUACCCAGCGGAAUUCUGCUGGUAAUAAAAUCUUAUUAGCCGGUUAGACGUUAGUGUUACCCGACCUUAACUGGACAUUGUAAGAACGUCCCUAAAAGAAUAAUAUCAUACCCUUAUUUAAUAUUUUUUAACCUAUCCGUCUGUGUACUGUUGUUGAAAAUCAGAGUUACAGGCUCUAGGUUCUUUAAUUAUGCCAUAGAUUUUAGAUUAAAUAAUAUAUUAAUUUGUGAAUAAUGUUUUAUCUUUAGUUUAUUUAUUUAAUUUUUUUUUUUGAGAUUUUAUUAUAUUCUUUAUUAAAAAUAAUAAUAAUUGACUGAUAAAAAUUUCAAAAUAAAAUUUUUAAUAGUAAAACUUCAUCCAACCCAUGUCUUAAUAAAUAUAUAUGAUCACAACUUUGUGAUACCACCCUUGCCA